CUUCCGGGCCACGGGCUUUACAUUACUACACAACACAACAUGGCGGCCUGCUUCACUCUCCGGUCUAUCGUACUCCGCAGGGCGCUGCGUGGGGCCUUCAGUCUGGACGGCCGGACACCGGGACCUCCUGUCGCCGCUGUCGGGCUCAGGUUCGUUUGUAACGCUGCUCCAGAAAAGAAGAAGACGGUGAUAUUAGAGUCCACGGAGGAAUACAAUUUCGUAGAGCGGCUCAUCCCACCGUCGCGAGUCCCCGCUCCGCCUAAACACGCCGGUCCCACCCCGUCUGGCUGGACCCCUCCGGCGGAUUCACCACCGCCACUGCCGUACAUGAUCCGCCGCUCCCGCAUGCACAACAUCCCGGUUUAUACCGACCUGACCCACGGUAGCCGCAGGACAACGCUCGUUCGAAAAGUGGAGGGGGACAUUUGGGCUUUGGAGAAGGACGUGAAGCAGUAUCUGGAGGAGGUGACGGGGAGAGAGCUGCCCACGCAGGUCAAUGAGGUCACCAUGACCCUGAAAGUCAAAGGUCACUUCGAUAAGGAGCUGAAGGAAUGGUUGGCCAGCAAAGGCUUCUAACUGGGGGCGCUGAGUCGACGCUGGCUUUCCAGGACUGUCACAGCAUCGUGCUCCGGGGCCAGAGAGCUGUUCAUGUGGAGAUGGAGAGGACGACUCAGCAUCCGCUGGACCCACUGUCCUACAGUACUUUUAAACCUGUUUCAGUCCAUGUGGAGGGACAGCUUUUGAUUACUGCCGCUGUAAUGAACCCUUUCACACCAGAGAGCUGUUGAAGCUAUGGGAUCAUAUGGUGUUGAACUGUGUACAUACUUGUCUGUAAUGAAUGCAACAUUAAAUAUCAAAGCGCA